AUGCCGCCCUCAGCGACGAGGCGAUCCGGCCUGCGCUCCCGCCGUGAGGCCGACGCACAGCACUCGGAUGCAGACACGCCAGACUCGAUCGCCACACCCUCCCGCAAGCGCAGGAAGGUGGGCAGCGCCCAUGCCUCUCCCGCAAAGUUGAACGCCCAGUUUGUGACGCUGAACGGUGCCGAUCAACCCGCGCCCGCGGAUCUGGCACGUAACCGCAGAGCAUCUGUCGGCAGCAACGACUCCAACGCAACCCUGCCCGAGGCGGACGCAGAUGAGCCCGUAGACCCUAUAGAGCGCCAGAAUCACCUUAUCAAUCAUCUGCGGAUACCCGGUUAUACCACCAACGCCUCGAUUGACUUCGCCAAUGAUCUCCAGAUGCGCAAGGCGAUCGGCAACAAUGUCGCGGCGUUUGCAAAGGUGGCAGCCCGCGACUGGUGCUUUUUCGCGCAGAAGACGCGCUUCAUCAUCGGCCGCGCAGACGCAGCGUCGCGCUCGCAGGCGCGUCCGACAGCCCCAAAUGGACAGUAUAGCGAGUUGAGCGAGCCGAAUGUCUGGGGAGUGGACAUUGAUCUGGGUCCUGAACGACAAGUCUCUCGUGUUCACGCCGAUAUCGAAUAUGAUGGCGAUGACAUGGUCUGGUACCUCACCUGCAACAGCCGUAACGGUCUUAAGCUGGACGACAGGAGCCUGACCAAAGGACAACGCGAACCGCUGCACUCGGGCAUUUGCAUACAGGUCAUGGGCACGCAGAUGCUUUUCCUCCUAGCUAACGGUGAGGAUGUAUUUCACCCGAUGAUCUGGCGCCAGACGAUGAACAACCCGAAUGCAGGCUUAUCUGAUGACGAAGAUGGUCACCCUCCUUCUCGCACUGCACCGCCGCACGCUCAUCCGAACGGACCAACACCCAAGCGCGAGCCAUAUGAUCCAUUUCCACCUACAUCGUCACGCAGUAGAGGCGCCCAUCCAUACAGCAGUCAGUUGACGUCGACUCCUGGACGUCCAAUACCUGGCACACCGGUUACUUUUUCUCGCAGUAAAGGCUCACCCUCGACUUACCCUCGUGGCAUGAUGCUUGAUUCGACCGAGGACAUCGAUUACAGUCAGGACUCCGCGAAAGAUAUCAAGCCGCCUCACAGUUAUGCCCAAUUGAUCGGCCAGGCCAUACUACAAAGCGAAGAGCAGAUGCUUACGCUCGCAAACAUCUAUGAGUACAUCAAGGACCACUACGCUUUUUUUCGUAACACAAAUAGCGGUUGGCAAAAUUCGAUCCGUCACAACCUGUCGCUAAACAAGUGCUUCGAGAAGGUUGCCCGCCGCACUGACGAGCCUGGAAAGGGCAUGAAAUGGAAGAUCACCGACAGCGAGAAGGAAGAUUUCAUGAAGAAGCAGAUGCUCAACCCACGCAAAGGCGGUGGGGCAUUCCGAAUGGACACGUCUGGACCAAGCUCACCUGCUAUAGGCCAGUUCCGGGACCCGCGCGACCAACGGGAGAACCCCUUGCAAGCUUCGGAACGACUUCAGGGUGCUCUCGGACAGCAGGAUGCUUUUCGCAGACAGGAAGCAGGAGGCCACAUCAAGUCCCCGCCGCGCUCAACAACACCACCACUAUCAUCUGUCCCCAUGGCUAACGAGUCCUACACCCCUGACCGUGGUCCCAGGGCAAUAAACCAGCCGGGAAUUCUCAAGCAAUCUCCAAAAUUCACCAGCGAUCGCUUCGUGACACCCGCUAAACGACUCAUCUAUGGGGAGGAUGAAUCGCGCGGACCCGCUUUCGUCAAAGGUCCUGAAGACAGUCAUCGAGGACUGGAGUCAUCCCCGUCUGUGGACCCUGUCAAGCCCAACGUAAGUGGUCUACGUGGUGAGGCAGCCAACUCACCACCCACGCUAUAUUCGGACGUCACGGCCAACAAUUCCAACGGAGGACAAGACUCAUCUAGGAUGAACCCGUUGGUCACGCCCCUUGUCACCCGCCAUGCUCCGCGUCUUGCACCCCCUUCUACUGCUCAAGUACCAAGCCAGUACAUGAACUUCUCCAGCCCGGCCCCAUUCUGGAAAUACAUCGACCUGCCCAGCACCCCAGCAAAGCAGCCGCUGGAUCUCAGCCCUAUCAAACUGAGACCUAGCAACGAGAAGGACGGGGAGGACGAGGUGCCGCAGCCUAGCUCGCCACCGCUUAUCCAGGAUGAAGAGGAAGAGCGCAGUGGCGAGUCGGAAGAGAAGGACGCUGAAGAGAAAGCCGACGAGGAUGAGGACGCACCACCAGAUAGCCCAAGCCGUACCGUGUCGCGUCCCGUGAGCCGCCGUGAGCCCCCCUCCCAACGCUCCCGUUCGAACUCCAAUGUCAAUAGCUUCGAUGCUAAGCCUGGUAUGGUGCGAGGUGCUAGCCUGGGUUCUUUCGAGGAGGAGCCCGAGGAGGAGGGAUUCGAUCUGUCUAAGGGCUUCCAGAAGAUCGGCUCAUUCCACAGGAGCAUUGCGCAAGCGCACGGCGUCGUGGGCCCGCGCUCUUCGCAAAGCCAGGAACCGGUCUCUGCCAGGACGAGUGUCACAACGAACAUGUAG